GAACACUUGAGGAGCUUUGGAGUAAAGGACGGACUGAAGCGUCUUGUGUUUAACAGCUGACUGGCUGCUGUUCUGAACUUCAGCGCAGAGGAAUCUCUUAGAGAAUACCAGACCUGUCAGAAUGAACUUGUCGUACUUGGUAGCUUGUGGACUUAUGGUCACCCUGCUUUCAGUAAGGAUGGGCGCAAAACCUUUAUCUCAGGCGCAGCAGAAGUCUCUUAAAAGUUUGCUGGGCGAGGAGCUGGCGGAGUUUCUGGAGUCGGAGGAGAGGGAGAGGCGUUUAGAUGCUGUGCGCUCUCGGAUACGGUUGCUGCGAGAUUUACGCAUGGACACCCGCGCCAGAGGGAUGUGGGCUCGCCUCCUUAACGACCAACCCACACCGAGGAGACACAAGUCGGGGAACAAGAAAGGAGGCUCCACGUCGCGGAGUGGCUGCUUCGGACACAAGAUGGACAGGAUAGGGACCAUCAGCGGCAUGGGCUGCUAGGGCU